ACCCUAAUGUAAGUUGAUUACAAAAUAACAUUUGUCAUUUGGACUGGUCUUAGGUAUACUUGUGCAUGAAAACUUGAGAGGCUAUAUAAUAUUUUCGUCAUAGCACAAAAUUGCCUGUUGGGGUUUGCCUGCUGCUCUUCCAUACGCACCACUGGUCUGACGAGCUGUCAAUUUAUCUGCGGUUAGUAGGACCCUGCAGAACUCAACCCAUCCGCUGGCUUCACCUGUUCGCAUGCACAGUUAUUUUACCUGGAGUUGCGUUCCAUCGCCUCACUAAAUGACAAGACGUUCCACGCCGAGGAUGAUAUCGUAUUCAGGCUGCAGCUUGUUGCUGCUGUCGGUGGCUUUCGUGGGAGCUUCUUUCGCGGAGAUGGUCUUCCGUUGCCCGAGUUGCACCGCCGAACGUCAGGCUGCGUGCCCGAAGCUCACCGAGACCUGUGCAGAGAUAGUGCGCGAACCGGGCUGCGGUUGCUGCCCGGUGUGCGCCCGGCAAGAGGGCGAGUUAUGCGGCGUGUACACCCCGAGAUGCUCCAGCGGACUCCGGUGUUACCCGAAGCCGGACUCCGAUCUGCCUCUCGAGCAGCUGGUCCAGGGGCUGGGGCUGUGCGGACACAAAGUGGUCACCGAGCCCACGGGGAGCCAGGAGCACCCGGAGCAAUUUAGCGGGGAGGUGGUGGACCUGGACACGAGCCUGACAGAGAUCCCCCCGGUGAGGAAGGCCACUAAGGACAACCCAUGGCUGGGGCCCAAGGAGAACGCUAUGCGCCAGCACCGACAGGAGAUGAAGACCAAGAUGAAGAGUAACAAGCCGGAGGACCCCAAAACUCCCCGUGGCAAGCAGAUUCAGUGUCAGCAGGAGUUGGACCAGGUGCUGGAGAGGAUAUCUAAGAUGCCCUUCAGAGAUAACCGAGGCCCACUGGAAGACCUGUAUGUCCUGCACAUCCCCAACUGUGACAAGAGGGGGCAGUAUAACCUCAAACAGUGUAAGAUGUCUCUGCACGGCCAGAGGGGGGAGUGCUGGUGCGUCAACCCACACACCGGUCGGCCCAUCCCAUCAGCACCGACCGUGAGGGGAGACCCAAACUGCAGCCAGUACCUUAGAGGGCCAGAGAUGGACACCCUCGCCUCAGCCCAGAAAUAGUACGGCCCUGGUUCUCCCUUUGAUCGGCCUGAGUGUUAAAACACAACAGAGGAAGCAGUACUCUAAACACUUGAGUAAGCUAUCAAAAUGUUUGUGCGUCUGUUUCUGUGUAUAGUUUUGUUUGGUAUUAAAUCAAUUCUCAGCGAUAUCGUACAAUGUAACCACCAUAAUGUGUCUUGGCUUGAGAACAAAUUCCACUGCAAGGGCAUAGGAUGUGACAGGCAACAAAGAUGAAACCCAUUCUUCUUUGCAAUUUCAAAGGAAGUCAGUGUUUAACUGGUAUUUUCAUUGAUCUCUCUUUCUUUCCCUCCUCUCGUAGCUUUUCUGUGGUGAACAAAGUCUAAUGAGAAGAAUGUUUACUAUGGGCUGAAUUCUAACUAGAAAUCUGUGUGUCCAUCUCAGACUUUUGUGUAAAAUUCAAGCAUUGAUGUCAAUGGGCGAUUUGCACGUAAAUUCCAAUAAUAUGCACAUUUGGCAAUUAGUAUUCACCCCUAUGGACCUCUUGUAUUCAAUGUAUCUGUUGUAGGGUAUCUAGAGAAAUGUUGUCAUGAAAAAAUGAUUUGACUUAUUUGAAAGGUGAAUAUGUGAAGCAAAAAACUAAACGGUGAAUUGACGCUUUAAGGGAUUAGUGUCUUACUUACUUAGUGUUUGUGUGGCUGUGUUUACACUGGUAGCCCAAUUCUAAUAUUUUGACACCGAUUCGUCUUUUGACCAGUCAGAUCAGAUCUUCUGCGUGUGUAAACGCAGCCCAAGUGUCUUACUUUCUGGUGCUGGGAAGUGAACAUGUCAAAUGUUUGGUGGUUGUGUACUCAACUCCGCCUACCGUUUGUUUGUUUUACAGUGUUCUACGCCUUCAGGUUGGUAGGCUACUAAAACUAUGAAACCUACCUUCUAUAGCCUUUUGAAUACACAUACGUCUUCUAUACACUGUAGGAAAACCACAUAGACAAAGUCUUGUUGUUACAAACACAAAUACACGUUUUAGAUUUCCUCGUUAACAGGAACACAAAUAGAAAUGUAGAAUUGUUUUGUGAUAAAGAACGUCUUGCUAUAAGAUGCAGUACAUGAUUAAAUGGAUGGUAACUUCCUGUA